UUGGAAGUUGUCAAAAAAUGAGUUCCCACUAGUAGAAGCAAUUCGAUUGGAGAUAGGCAGGCAUUUUUGAUUGGAGGAGAUGUUAAGUUAUUAGCGUAAUUUAUAUAAAAAUGAAGGUCUUAAUUGUAAACAAAGUUUGUAUAUAAGGUAGCUCAAAGUUUUUGAGGGAAGCAAAUAAUGGAUUGUCUAGUAGUAGUUUUGCUACUUUUUACACUUGUGACUUGUUCAGUAUGUGAGACCUUCUUUGAAGAACGAUUUGAUGAUGGUUGGCGGAACAAAUGGGUGAAGUCUGAGUGGAAAAGCAGUGAAGGAAAAGCAGGGAAAUUUAAGCACACAGCGGGCAACUGGCCUGGUGAUCCUGAUGACAGAGGUCUUCAGACAACAAGUGAUGCCAAACAUUUUGCCCUCUCUGCAAAGAUACCGGAAUUUAGCAAUAAAAACACAACACUGGUUGUACAGUAUUCUAUUAAGUUUGAGCAAGAUAUUGAAUGUGGAGGAGGCUACAUAAAGCUUCUCUCUGGAUAUGUCAAUCAGAAGAAAUUCGGAGGAGACACCCCAUACAGUUUUAUGUUUGGACCAGAUAUAUGUGGUACACAGACAAAGAAACUUCAUGUUAUACUUUCCUACCAAGGACAGAAUUACCCCAUCAAGAAGGAAUUAGAAUGUGAAACAGACAAAUUAACACAUUUCUACACCUUCAUUCUUAGACUUGAUGCAUCAUACAGCAUCUGGAUUGAUGGUAGAGAAAGAGAUUCUGGAAGUAUGUACACAGAUUGGGACAUACUUCCUCCCCGCAAAAUUAAGGCUGUAAAUGCAAAAAAGCCUACUGACUGGGAUGAUAGGGAAUAUAUAGAGGAUCCAAAUGAUGUCAAACCUGAGGGAUAUGAUUCUAUUCCAAGAGAGAUUCCGGACCCAAAAGCUAAAAAGCCUAUUUACUGGGAUGACGAAGAUGAUGGUAUGUGGAAGGCACCCAAAGUACCUAAUCCAGCAUACCGGCCGGGUGCAUGGAAAAGGAAGAAAAUUAAGAACCCCAAUUAUAAAGGGAAAUGGAAGAUCCCCUGGAUUGAUAAUCCAGAAUUUGAAGAUGAUCCUGAUCUCUACGUGCUGAAGCCAAUCAAAUAUGUCGGUAUUGAAGUUUGGCAGGUAAAGGCAGGUUCUAUUUUUGAUAACAUUCUGAUUGGCGAUGAUCCAGAUUAUGCAAAACAAGUGAUUCAGGAAGUGUUUUCCCAUAGGGAGGCUGAAAAGGAGGCUUUCGAAGAGGCAGAGAAAGUGAGAAAAGCAAAAGAGGAAGAGAAAGCUCAAAGAUCAAGAGAGGAAGGUGAACGGAGGAGACGAGAAAGGGGUAGGGACAGACACCGGGACAGAUACAAGAGGCGCUAUCACCAUGAUUAUAUGUAUGACGAUCAUGAUGAACUUUAAUUUGGUGUUAAGACCAUAUACUACAUUUCCAGCAUGGACACACAUACAUUUGGGUUUAUUGUGUUCCUCUUGUUGUAUUUUGAUCUUAUUGUAGCUGUAAUUUUGCAAAAUGCUCAGGCGUCAUAAGAAGUGCAUAUGCCUCUAAAACUAUUAACUAUAUUUGAAAGUUGAGUGUCAGCUUUGGCUACCCAGAGUGAUUUUUGAAAUAUGUUUCAGGACAAUGAUAUUCAGUGAUAUAUAUUUGUUCGUGCUCUCGGGAUGUUCAUAUUGAAAAAUUUAACUUUCCAAUUAUCUAA